AUGUCCACAGUAAAUGAUCGUUGCGUUGUUUGUAAGAAAAAAGUAGGUAGUUUUAAAUGCCAAGGAUGUGAAGAACUGUUUUGCCGUCAUGAUCUGAACGUGCAUCGAAACAAACUUGACUCACAACUUGAAAGCGUUCUCAAUGAAAUGAACACAUUCCACGAAACAUCGAAAGAAAAAAUUCGUGCCCAAAAGUCCACUCUGCUGAACGAAAUUACCAAUUGGGAAAUGAAAUCCAUUGAAAAGAUUAAAAAUGCUGCGAAAGACGCUCGUCAACAAGUUGAAGAAAGAAUCACAUUGGACAAAGGCAAAUAUCUGACAAGAUUCCAGGAAAUGAAAGAAGAAGUACACCAUAGGCAGUCUAAUGACGACUUCGAUGAACGUAAUUUAAUAAAAUGGCAACACACACUAAACAAACUAAAAACAGAUAUCUCACGAAUAGAUAUUAUCGUCGAUGCAAAACAUCAAAGUUUUCCUCUCGUGAACAGUAUUUUUAUCAAUCUACAAGAUCGGUUCACUAAGACGUGUGGAGAUGUACACAUUGCAGAAGAUGGACAUCUUGCGUGUCAUAAUUUCAAUCUGUUCGGUAGUUCAGGAGAAAUUCGUGGCAAAAAUACAUAUACUAGUGGCACAUAUCGACUUUACCUACACAUUCAACAUCUUGAUAUGCAUCCAUGGUGGUUUUUUGGCAUCAUUUCAGAAUCAACACCUAUGCAGACGAAUUCACAUAAUUCAUCAUCUUCGUAUGGGUGGGCUGGCCACAAUGAAGUCUACGUGCAUGGCCACUGUCAGAAGGAUGUCAAUGGAUAUGUGAGUGAUUAUGCACAAGGAGAUACAAUUGAAUUAAUACUCAAAUGCGAUCAACGAAUGAUUUGUAUGCACAAUUUUCGUUCGAAGAAAUCGUAUACAAUAGAAGUUGACACUAAACACUGUCCUUUCCCGUGGAUGCUUCAUUUGAAUCUAUUUCAUAUUCAAACACAAAUAAGGAUUUAA